CUUAUCAUUUGUCAGCUGCAUUUUGUUUUGAUUCAACUUUUGCCGUGACUACUCAACAUGCUUGUGGAUUAUUUGCAAUUGUCAGCUAUCGUGUGAAGAACGUUUCUCAUCGUGUUUGCCUUGGCUACAAUCGAAAUAAUAUGGAGAAAGAGUAUUUUUAUAAAGACUUAUGUUAUUCUAUUAAUUAUCAUAAUUAUGCUAUUCGAUACGCGAGCGCACUUGAGGGUCUUUAUUCACCGUUUUUAUUGUUUACAUAUGGAUGUAAUUUGAUUUUAAUAAGCAUUACACUGAUGCAGACAUUAAAUUCGUUAGAUAAUAUUGCGUAUAUUUUUAAAUACGGAGCUUUUGCUGUGGGAAAUAUUUUUCAUGCCUAUAUUCUCGGAGUGCCGGCUCAAAAUUUAAUAAAUCAGAGUAAAGAUGUUGGAUUCAAUAUAUAUGAGAGUAAUUGGUAUGAAUUCCCAAUUGAAGCAAGAAAAUUGGUUCCCAUGAUACUACUACAAAGUUGCAGACCCUGUAAAUUGAGUAUUGGAAAAAUGGCAACAAUGAAUAUGGAAAGUGUAUCGAAAAUUCUAAAAAUGGCGCUCUCGUACUUUACGAUGCUGUCAUCAAUUCGUCAAACGUCAAGAACAUAA